UAAAAAUAGGAUUUCAUAUAUCUUCCUAGUGGUGGUGGUGGAUGUACUUAUGUGACUAUGAUUCUCUCCUAAAGCCCCCAUUCUUCAUGUUUUAUUAUAUAAUGAAUCAUUCUUCAUUUCAUUGUACUGUUGUUUUAUUUAACCAUCUAUAAUUCUCAUGGCUCAAUUGCCACCCAAAGUACCAAAUUUAACCACAUCCAUUUGGCCAAUUACAACCGCCACCACCUCCUCCUCCGGCGGCGGCGGCCACAACAACCCAUCAUGGGUAGACGAAUUCCUAGACUUCUCCGCCACAAGACGCGGCUCGCACCGCCGAUCCAUCAGCGAUUCAAUUGCAUUCAUUGAAACACCAUUAUUAAUGUCCACAGACGACCAAACAUGUCGCGCCGCCAGACUUUCCAUGCACGAUUUCGACAGGAUCGACGACGAACAGUUCAUGUCCAUGUUCGCCGACGACCACGACGAAAUGCCCGUUGUCGCUCCCACUUUAUCCUCGUCCAAUACUUCCUCACCCUCCGAUCACAAUAGUAUAAAUGACGAUAAACAACUGCCGUCCGAUCUAAAUCAUCACCACCACCACCACCCAAAGUCCGAACCCGAUGAGGCCGAGUCCGAUUCCACUACACUGUUUUCCAACAAGACCGCCACCACAGAGAAUUAUUCCUCUGAUAAGAUCGUUGAUCCCAAAAGGGUAAAAAGGAUUUUAGCAAACAGGCAAUCGGCACAACGGUCGCGAGUGAGGAAACUACAGUAUAUAUCGGAGCUCGAGAGAAGUGUUAGUUCAUUACAAGCUGAAGUAUCAGUAUUGUCACCAAGGGUGGCAUUCCUUGAUCAUCAACGGUUAAUACUCAAUGUUGAUAACAGUGCACUGAAGCAGAGGAUUGCAGCUCUAGCCCAAGACAAGAUUUUUAAAGAUGCUCAUCAAGAUGCGUUGAGGAGGGAAAUAGAGAGAUUGAGAAAUGUCUAUCACGAGCAAAAUCUUAAGAAAAUUGAGACGAGCGAGAGUAAGAAGAUGACUUUAGAGAAUUGCGAACUUCUUGAAUCUUGAUGACGAUGUUGUUACACCGUUGCGGUGAAUAUGAUCAUGAAAAGAAUGGCAAAUAAUGAAUGCCUUGUAAUUUUUUUUAUUUUUUCCAAGAAUUGUGGAUUGUAGCUAUAGGAUUUGUGCACAAUUAGAUAUUUGAUUCUUUUGCCAAUUUA